AUGGUAUAUCAACCGCGAUCGCCUUCACCAUCACAAUCGUUGUUUUCUACUAAUGAAGGUCAUGGCUGGUUACGUCGCCGAAAGUAUGAUGAUGAAGUAUCAGUGGUCUCAGAAACGUUAGAAUCACCACUUCCAGCCCGUUUCCCACGGACUCAAUCUCAAUUAUUGCAGUCUCCGGAGGGUGUACCUACAUCAGCAAAUAAAGUUUCUUUCCAAAAAUUAAGCCUUCAAACAAGUCUGGCUAAUCAUGCAAAAGAUUCCUCAACAAUACAAACUCCGAUGGGUAUACCUGGUGGAUCUGGAGGAACAUUAGGAUCAUUAUCAAGAGAAGCAGUAAAUCAUACAAAUCGUAUAAAUAAUCCGUUUGUAAGAUCACAAACUCCAUACCCAUUUCGAUCAAGUUUUGGGAAUACACCUCUGCAACCUAUGGAAACUUCACCGAUUCCUUCAAUUAAUGGUUCAACUACUGGUGGUUUUACUAAUGGUAAUUCGGUUACUAGCAGUGGUUCAGUUAUUGGUGGUGGUUCGGUUGGUGGCGGUAGUUCGGUUAUUAGUAGUGCGAAUAGAAUGUCAAAUCAAAAUUUUAGUAUGAACACAAAUAUUUAUGGAUUUGAUUCAUCAGGAGUAGUAAAUUCAGUAAUGAGCCCAUCUCGAAAAGUAGAAAAAGAUAAAGUCGAUACAGCGUUGGUACAAUCUACACCAUAUCCUAAACCAAGACAACAACCUAUUUCAACAGUUACACCUAAAAAAAAUCAUAUUCCAUAUCAAGUACGGGAACUUUUAAUUCAACAAGAAUUACCAAAAAAUAAAUAUCAAGAUUUAGUGAAUAACAAUGUGAAAUUAUUAUUAAUUUAUAUUGGAUCCAUGGCAUUUAUAUUUUUUUUACCAUUUUCAAGAAUUCAAAGUAUGUUUGAAUAUAUUGAAUUAUUCAAACAUGAAGGAUCGACAGAUAUAAGUUAUUUCACUGUAUACGGAGUUAAGACAAGUCUUGUCUUAUAUUUAGCAUUCCGUUUAUUCGAACUUUGUUAUAUUAAUUAUUUAUGGAAUAAAGAGGAAAAAAGAAUAAUGGAGAUUAGAGAAAGAAUAGAAAAAGAAUUGGGAGAAAAUGGAGAAUCUCGUUCUACUAGUCAAAUAUUCCAAUCUUCACAACAAUCACAACCACAAUUUCAAUAUAAUACAAUAAAUCCUAUUAUAACUACAAGUACUUCAACAAAUUCUUCUCAAAUUGUUCCAACAACAAAUGUCACUGAUAAUUCUUCAAAUCAAUCAUCAUUUGUUCCCAAUGCUUGGUUUGCAGAUGGUACACCAGUUCCAGUUCAAGUUCCUGUACCUAGAUAUAGAAUUGCUCCAUAUGUAACUCCAACGAGAUUUAGUGAAAGAUUAGUUAAUUUUAAAGGGAUUCCUGCAAUACUGCCUCCUGAUGCUGACCCUGAUGAAGGAAUUGAAUAUUGA